CACACACACACACACACACACACACACACACACACUUGCUUAAGAAGUUUCCAUAUAGACAGAACAACAGAACAACUCUCUCUCUCCCUCUCAGCAAACACAAGUUGAUGCAGCCAUGGCAACCACAAAAGGCCCUGUGAUUCUCACUGCAGCCUUCUGCCUGUUAUCAGAUCUUCAUGUAACAGUAAAUCCAGCAACAGUAAAAGAGGGAGACAAAAUGACACUGACCUGCAACACCACCUGCAGUCUGAGUAACAACCCCACCUACAUCUGGUACAGGAACUCACAGCCUGUUAAUAAUCUACACACACCUGACAACAGGCUGGUUAUAGACUCAGUCAGCACUGAAGAUGCAGGCAAAUACUCCUGCACUGUUCAGGGACAUGAGAUUCACAGUUCACCUGAAAUGACUCAGGAUAUCAGAUACUCCCCCAGGAACACCUCAGUAUCAGUCAGCCCCUCUGGUGAACUUCAUGAGGGUGACUCAGUGACUCAUGAGGGUGACUCAGUGACUCUGACCUGCAGCAGUGAUGCCGACCAACCAGUGCACAGCUACACCUGGUACAGGAAGACCGGAUAUGAAACAGUUCUUCAGGACACAAGGAGAAUCCUUAACUUCACUCUUAACCGCUUAUCUGGUGUGGAUGGACUUUAUCACUGUGAGGUGCAAAAUGAGGUCGGCUCGGAGAACUCAACCAGAGUCAGGGUCUUCUUGCCAGAUCCUGGUUUGCCCAAAGAAAUCCUGUUUAUUGCUUUGGGGGGCAUAGUAGCUCUCUUGUUGGUGGCCAUUGUGUGCUGGAGGAGACAGAAGAUUCAAUCAACAAAAACCUCAAGGAGCACACACAGCAACACACAGGGACACUCUGAUCCUGUCUAUGGCAACAUCUCCACAAUCCCCAUGGUCUCUGAACAGAAAGUUCCUGCAGAUCGCAAAGAUGAUGAUGAAGAAGAUGAUGAUGUCCAAUACGCCAGUGUCCAGAUUAAGCCCAAAAAACAGCAAGAAGUGCCCAGUCAGGACGAGGACGUCCAGUUCAGCAAAUCCAAACCAGAGUCUACAAUCCCUGAGCCACCUCUGUCUGGCACAUCACAGGAGGAGACCCAGUACGCCUCAGUGAAUCUGCAGGGACUCAGUGCUGCCACCCACAGAGGUGGAAUCUGUGAUCUACAGCAACAUCAAUACACAUUCCAAACCAUAACAGCAAGACACCAUGGUUUGAGUAAGAAGCCCAAACUACAACAAGAGACUACAGCCUGAUAUCAAGAUUGUCUGAUGAUUAGUGAUGCAGUGAUGUGUAAUAUUUAAGUAAUAAGAGCACAUAAAAGUAAUAUUUAUGUAUUA